GAUACUACAAAGUCAAAGCUUGAGUAAUCGGAAAGAAUGGCUGGAGGAAUCGGGAAAUGUAGCAAGAUCCGUCACAUAGUGAAGCUGAGGCAGAUGCUCCGGCAAUGGCGGAGCAAGGCGAGAAUGUCGUCUGUGAGAAGAUGUGUACCGUCAGAUGUGCCGUCAGGACACGUGGCGGUCUACGUUGGGAGCAGCUGCAGGAGAUUUGUGGUGCGUGCGACGUACCUGAACCACCCAAUUCUCGCGAAUCUCUUGGCUAAGGCUGAAGAGGAGUUCGGUUUUGCUAGCCAGGGACCGUUGGUUAUCCCAUGUGAAGAAUCGGUUUUCGAGGAAUCGAUUCGGUUUAUAAAUCGGUCAAGUCGGUUUACUUGUACCGACGAUUUAAAGAAGAGCCGUCACGGAGGUAUAAGGAGCAAGCUGGAUCUGUUGAUGAUGGAGUCUCGGCCGUUGCUUCACGGCGUCUCCGAUAAAGCUAUCAUCUGGUGACUCGAAAGAUAGCAGUUCAAUUCAAAGCCGGUUCAUGACGGAUACGCAGGAGAUGGCCGUGAAAGGUGGGGUGGGAUUGUUUCACCUGAGUCGUCCCGGUUCGAAUCCGAGUUCAAGUGAUUUCUUUUAGUGCUGAUUCAACAAUUUUCAUUGAAUUAUUAUUGUUUCCUCUCAUUUUAUUUAUUUUUUAAAAAAU